AUGAACAGAUGGUCAGCAAUUCAACUUUCUGUUAACAAGUUCUGUGGAUGCUAUGCUCAAAUUGAAUUGAGGCAUCAAAGUGGUGUGACCGAGGAAGACAAGGUCUCUGAAGUAAAAACUUACUACAAGUCACUCGAGACCUCAAAAAAUACCUCAAAAAAUAGCUCAUUUCAGUUUGAACACUGUUGGAAACAGUUGAGAUAUCAACCAAAGUGGUUGGAGGACUUUGAGAGGAGAAAACCAAAGAAGAACAAAACUUGGACAGUACCUUCUCCUUCUACUCCAGAGUUGGUAGAUCUUGGAAAAGGUGAUGCCACCUUUGUGGACUUGGAGAGACCUCCGGGUAAUAAAGGUGAGAAGGAGCGAUUGAAAAAAAGAAAGAAAGCUGAAAUUUCCACUUCUCCUCUUGCAGGAAUACUAACUGAUAUCAAGGAAGAACAUAAAAAGCAAGUGACAAGAAAAUGGACAUCAUCCAAUAACUAA